AUGGAUGUGAAGUCAUUUUUGUUUUCGUGGGCCGCAAAAAAGGGUUUAAUCCCGACCUACGAUAUCCGUGCUACAGGUCCUAAACAUCGUCAGCGUUUUCUCUGUGAAGUACGUGUUGAAGGUUAUACUUAUGUCGGAGCUGGUAAUUCAGUGACGAAGAAGGAAGCCCAGAAAAAUGCUUCACGGGACUUCGUGAACUUUUUAGUCAGAGCGGGAGAUGUAGCUGUCAGUGACGUACCUGUUGAUGUUCAAGUAAAAUCUGAAAAUGAAGAGCAACCUGCAGGAAACUUGCAAACUCAAGAACAGCAAAAUAGACCUGUCUUUCAGGAUGGUAUGGGUCCAGAGAGCAUGGGGCAAGCAUAUCAAGCUUAUGGUGGAGAAACAGAAAACUUCACUUACAUUGAUCGCCUUCAACAACAGAAAAAUGUGGAAGAAGCAGAAGACCUCGACGUCAAUGCAAGCCUUCACGGCAACUGGACUAUGGAGAAUGCGAAAUCAAAAUUGCAUCAGUUUAUGCAAAUAAAUAAAAUCAAUGCUGAGUAUGUUUAUAAAGCAGUAGGACCUGAUCAUACAAGGAGCUUUUGCUGUGAGAUGACAAUAUACGUACGUCAAUUAGGACGUAACGUUACUGGUCGGGAAACGGCUUCUAAUAAACAAACAGCUAGCAAGUCUUGCGCUUUGUCAUUGGUACGACAAUUGUACCAUCUUGGUGUCAUUGAAGCUUUUAGUGGAACUUUGAAGAAGGAUAGAUCUGCUGAAGGUGUGGUAAAGCCGUACAAAGUUGCUAUCAGUCCUGAACUUGAAAGUCAGCUGGAAGAUGCUUUACAAGCAUUGAAUAUAACACCAGUAGAUGUAACAAACCCACCCGAGUCAUCAGAAGGUCAAGGCGUAACGUUGAUACAAGUAGAUAGAGUGAAAGCGAUGAGAGAAGCUAGACCAACGCCAUCUGGUGUCGUAUCUUGGUCUCCUCCACAAACUAAUUGGAAUGCUUGGACUGGUUGUAAUAUUGAUGAGGGACCACUGGCCACCACAAGUUUGGAUGACAUUAGCUCUGAUUUGGAAAAACGUCAUCGAAAUAUUUGUCAAAACAGCCAGCUCUAUCAGGAAAGUGUAAAUGAAAGGCAGCAAUUACCAGUUUAUUUGAUGCGUUCACAAAUAAUGGAAACAAUAAAUGAUAAUCCUGUCACUAUCAUUCGUGGUAACACUGGCUGUGGUAAAACUACUCAGGUGUGCCAGUUUAUCUUGGAUGACUACAUAGCCAGCGGGCAGGGUGCUUGGGCUAAUUUAUGUGUGACUCAACCUCGAAGGAUCUCAGCUGUCAGCGUAGCGGAGCGAGUGGCUGCAGAACGUUGUGAGGAACUUGGGGAUAGCGUGGGGUAUUCAGUAAGAUUCGAAUCGGUGCUACCUCGUCCAUACGGCUCCAUUAUGUUUUGUACAGUUGGUGUGCUCUUGCGAAAACUAGAAAACGGGUUGAGAGGUGUCAGCCAUGUUUUGGUUGAUGAGGUACACGAAAGAGAUGCUGACACAGAUUUCGCACUUAUCUUACUGCGAGACAUGGCUCAUACAUACCCAGAUUUAAGAAUAAUUCUCAUGUCGGCCACUGUCGACACUACCCUCUUCGCUGACUAUUUCGGAAACUGUCCCGUUAUUGAGGUCCCAGGUCGUACGUACCCAGUUAAACAGUACUUCCUCGAAGAUUGCAUCGAGCUGACUAAGUUUAUGCCGCCGCCCGAAACUAGGAAACGAAAGUUGACUGGCAAGAAGGCGUCUAAAGAUGACGAUGAAGAUGAUGAUGAAGGUGAGGGCAUAGAUGAAGAAGAAGAUCUGAAUAAAAACUGUCAACUCGAUAGCAACUAUUCACCACAAACAGCAGAAGCUAUGUCCAAACUCUCUGAAAAAGAUCUAAGCUUCGAACUGAUUGAAGCUAUUUUGCUUUACAUAUGUAACUUGGGCGAAGAGGGUGCAAUUUUAGUGUUCCUUCCGGGAUGGAAUCUCAUAUUCGCACUCAUGAAGCAUUUAUCUCAAAGUAGAGUAUUUGGCAACACUGAUAAGUAUGUAAUCUUGCCAUUACAUAGCCAGAUACCAAGAGACGAUCAGAAAAAAGUGUUUAUUACCCCACCUCCAGGACUUACUAAGGUGAUAUUGUCAACGAACAUAGCAGAAACAUCAAUAACAAUCAACGAUGUAGUCUACGUGAUAGACUCAUGCAAAGCUAAAAUGAAACUCUUUACGUCACACAACAAUAUGACGUCAUAUGCCACAGUUUGGGCCAGUCGAACCAACCUGGAACAGCGCAAAGGGCGCGCGGGCCGCGUGCGGCCCGGCGUGUGCUUCACGCUGUGCUCGCACGCGCGCUACGAGCGCCUGGACGAGCACCAGACCGCCGAGAUGUUCCGCACGCCGCUGCACGAGCUGGCUCUGAGUAUCAAGCUCCUCCGCCUGGGCAACAUCGGUCACUUCCUAUCGAAGGCUCCGGAGCCCCCCCCACUGGACGCUGUCAUCGAGGCUGAAGCUUUACUGCGGGAGUUGGGAUGCCUUGACAACAACGACGCCCUCACUCCACUCGGGACUAUACUCGCCAAGUUGCCUAUAGAACCUCGUCUCGGCAAGAUGAUGGUUCUAGGCUUCGUGCUAGGUGUGGGUGAUGCUUUGACAACAAUGGCGGCCAACUCUACAACUUUCCCAGAAAUAUUUUUAGUAGAGGGACGGAGACGGUUAAGUGGUCAUCAGAGAGCACUUGCCGGGGAACGGGCUUCUGAUCACGUGGCUAUGCUUAACGCUUUCCAGAUGUGGGAAAGAGAACGCGCUAAGGGCGAAGACGCAGAAAUACAAUGGUGCGAAUGGAAAGGAGUACAACUAACAACGCUUCGAGUCACUAGCGAGGCUAAAUAUCAACUAAUAAAUAUAUUGACUACAUCAGUUGGUUUCCCCGAAGAAUGUUGUGUACCACAGAGAUGGAAUCCUAACGUACAAGACCCAGUUUUAGAUCUAGUUAUAGCUCUGCUGUGUAUGGGCUUGUAUCCUAACGUGUGCGUACAUCAAGGAAAGAGGAAGGUACUGACAACGGAAGGCAAACCAGCUUUAAUUCACAAGACAUCGGUGAACUGUAGCAACCAAGAGCAAAAGUUUCCAUCGCCCUUAUUUGUGUUUGGUGAGAAAGUUAGGACAAGAGCUAUUAGUUGCAAACAAACUACUAUGGUGGCUCCUCUUCAUUUAUUGCUUUUCGGUAGCAGGAAAGUUGAAUGGAUUGAUAACAUGGUCCGUUUAGACAACUGGCUUAACUUCGAAAUGUCACCAAAAACGGCCGCAUUGGUAACAGCGUUAAGACCUGCCAUAGAGUUGUUAGUAGAGAGAGCCGCUCGGGAACCAGAUGCUGCCUUGCACUUUUCACCUGAGGAACAAAAAGUUUUAAAUUGUGUAAAAGCACUUUGCGUUAUGGACGCUGGAGAUUACAAUAUACAGCGCGAUGUGCCAACAUUUUCCUUUAGACCUGAUGGGGCUAAGAGGGGUACCCGCGGUUGGGGUACUAAUGGCCCAAAAAAUGAAGGAUAUGGGUUUGGAAAUAGUGGUUUUGGAAACAGAGGUGGAUUUGGAAACAGAGGUGGUUUUGGUAACAGAGGUGCUUUCGGUAACAGAGGUGGUUUCGGAGGUAGAGGUGGUUUUGGAGGCAAUUAUAACGAUUUUGGUAAUAACGAUGGAAAUAACAGUUUUGGAAUCCGAGGUGGCUUUAGUCAAGGUAGUUUUCGAGGAAAUUAUAACAGAGGCGGCGGUAAUGAUGGUUUCGGAAAUAAUAAUUUUGGGAAUAGAGGCGGUUUUCGAAAUCGAGGAUUUGGAAACCGUAGCAAUCGGUGGUAAUUCAUUCCUGUGUUUUAGUUACUAAGUGACAAAGAAAUAAAUCUUUUCGUUUAUUUAA